CCAGUUCUUCCUCCUUCCUCUCACAGAGCGUCUUGGUUCAAAGACGUGUGACUUCUGCAUUGAACUCGUCAGACAGCAGACUGCACUGAAGAAGAAACACUCUCAAUGUGGUGAGUGUCAUGGCAGACCAGUCUGUUAGGAUGGUGACAGCCAUCGUGUUGCAGAGUGUCUUCUUCCUCUCAGGUGAUUCUGCGUCUUGUUAUGACUCUUCAGUUCUAUUCAUGACUGCACCAAAAGAGAUGGAAGCACUGACUGGAUCUUGUUUGCAAAUUCCAUGUAACUUCAGAGUUAAAUCAGGAAAUGAAUUCAACAGCAAAACAACAAUCUUUGGAGUGUGGCUUAAAAAUGACCCUUACGUUGGCAAAUCUCCCAGUGAGGUGAUUUUCAACAGUAGUGGGACAGUUUCCACAUAUCCGAUGAGUUUUACAGGAGACCUGAGUCAGAAAAACUGCACCACUUUGUUUUCUAGUUUAAACACAACAUACACAGGCAAAUACUACUUAAGGGUUGAGAACCGACCAUUUCUAGCAACAGCUUCUUGUGAUCAGCUUCUAAUAACAGUUAAAGAUUCUCCUCCAAAGCCCAGCAUUGAGAUCCCAGGUGAUCUGAAGGAGAAGGAGUCUGUCUCUAUAAGCUGCUCAGCUUCCACUCCCUGUCCACACUCUCCUCCUCAACUCACCUGGAACCUCCAACCAGACUCUCACAACAUGAUGGAGGAAAACACAGAUGGAACCUUCACAAGUAAAAUCCAGAAGAGCAUCACUCUGUCACAUGAACAUGAUGGAUUCAUCAUCACCUGUUCUGCCAGAUAUCCUGUGAAUGAAGGAAAAGGUGUGAAGACGUCAGAGGAGACAAAGACUCUCAGUCUUUCAUAUGCUCCCAAGGACACCUCAGUGUCCAUCAGUCCAUCAGGUCUGGUGUCAGCAGGUAGCUGGGUGAACCUGACCUGCUCCAGCAGAGCCAAGCCUCCUGUGAGCCGCUUCACCUGGUUCAAGACCUGCAGAGAUGGACCAAAUAAUCAAUCAAUACAUCAAUCAAUCAAAGUAUCUGAAGGAGCCUUUUACAGGUUCAUAGUCACUGAUGGAGGAGUUUAUUACUGUGUGGCCACCAAUCAGCUUGGUGAUCAAACAUCCUCAGAGAUCCAUCUGAGUAUUACAGGUGGAGGAGUUCUUUAUCUACUAUUGGGAGCAGUUCUUGGAGGAAUCAUUGGGAUCAUCGUGCUCAUCGUCCUGGUUGUCUUUGUUUGGCGUUUGAAGUCACCACAUCCAACUGCACAUCAGAGUCAGAAUCCGACUGUUGGAGAGACAGUGACAACAGAAGAAGGAGGCGUCCACUAUGGAGAGAUUAACUUCUCGAGGCUCAGACCUGGACCGUCCUCUGUCCCUGAGCAGGACAGUGGACAGCAGCAGGACACGCUGUAUGCGCAGGUCAAAGUGUCCCAGGCAGCAGACAACGUCACACGGUGGGCUGACGUCCCAGAAGAUCUCUACGCUCAAGUGAAGACAAAAUGAGCCUUUUCUUCACAUUUGGGUUUGAUUCUUAAUUAAUUAAAUUAAUAACAAGCUUCAUCUGUUAAUUUAUGGAGAAAAUUAAUUGUGAGAAAAUGUAAUGUCCACUGCUCACAGUUAAUGUCACAAUCACCUGCCAGCUCGAUCUUCCACACCUGCUUCGCAUUCACAAUCAGCCCCGCUACAUAAGCACUGCACACCCAGCCUGUCAUUGCCAGAUUGUUCUUCGCGUCAUGCAAGUCUCUCCAGCACUCUACCUUGGACUGAUCUCCCGGCUUCGACCCUCCCUGUUCCCGACCCGUUCGUCUGUCUCCGCCCCGGUGAGCACGUCAGCCUUCUGUCCCCGACCACGAGUCCUGCCUGAGCGCCUCGGGUUCCUGUUGCCUGUCCCUUGGACUGCCCGGCGCUUCUGCUCCGGUGCCCCGGAUCCCCGACCGGCCCAGCGUUCGCACAAGCUGCCUCCCGGCAUCUCCUCCCCGAUCCCGAGGACCGAACUCUGCCAUGCCUCUCAUUGUGCCCGAACGCCUGCUGUGAGGCCGUGUGUAAUA